AUGAAUCACCACCUACCUGCCAUGCCUCAUGGGCAGCCGCCUAUGCCUUCCUCGAGACGCCAGCAAGAAUUUUCUUACAACUCGGUGCCUCCUAACAUGCGCUCCCCACAGUACAUGGGGUACCCUCCUCACAUGAAUGGCCACAUGCCUCAACCCUUUCCACCGCAGCAAUAUCCUUACUGGUAUCCGCCUUAUGGACAUAUGCAGGUCCCUCCACGUCCAUAUCAGCCAAACUAUGGACCGAUGAUUGUAUCUUCUUACCCUCACUCGCAGCCUGUCAUGGCGCCCACCCAUCUUCCUCAUUCAAUGCCCAUGCAUCAAAGAACUCCGACACCACUGCAACCAAUUAUGUCGCCAUCUAUCUUGCAUCCAUCGAUACAGCCGAUUCAGCCCGAAAUUCAGGAGUACCCCGUGGCUCUGCCUCACUCGACUCAAGGAUAUCCUAUCGCUUCUCCACCACCACGAUGGGAGCCAAAAGCUAGCCUGCCGCCGAAGCCCACAUUUACCCCACCACUUCCUUGGCUCUCUGUUCCAGAGCAGACCUUCCCGGCCAGAAUCCCGCGCAGACCUCGCAAGGACCGUGUUAUGCAAUCGGCGGUCGAACUUCCUACCAAAGACACAAAAAAGGUCGCCGAAAAAGAUGAAGCUCUACCGUCGUGUUCAUCUGUCCAAGAAUCUUCGGAACCCCAAACCCCAACGACUACAUUCCAACAGUCAGAUACAGACUCGACACAGCCUACCACUCCUUCGUCAGUUGCGAAAUCACAAGCCCACUCGAAAAGCUCGAAGCCUGCUCCGGUUGUUCCAGUUGUGCCCAAUGUUCCAUCCACCCCACGCCGCCAUGCCAAAGAUGGCAGUGUUGCAUCUGGAACCCCCAAAUCAACCGCACCUGCUACUCCUGCCCAGGUGCUAGAAUCGGACAAAGCUUCUUCCAUUGAAGUCAAAGCAAGCUCGCCUAUUUCUGCUGCACCCAAGUCUUGGGCCGAUUUGGUCCGCUCCAAGGCGUCAGCAAAAGCUGCAAGUGCUGCUGCUGCUGCUGCUGCUGCUGCUCUGGCCGAGCCAAACGGAGUACCUGCACAGAAGAAUGAAUCUCUUGCGCAUGUUCUGAGCACCUUGGGAGAAGAUGUUACACAAUACAGUGAUAGGAUCGCAUUCCUUGAACCUCGGGGGCUGGUCAACACUGGAAAUAUGUGCUACAUGAAUUCUGUGUUACAAAUUCUUGUUUCUUGUACCCCAUUCUACCAGUUCCUUGAUCAUCUUGGCCGACGUGCUGCCCACACCUUCCACAGUGAUCUUCCCUUGAUUGAUGCAAUGAUCAUGUUCAUGAAAGAAUUCCGUGUUAUCGAUGCGGCCACAUCGGAAGAUCAACUUCGUCUCAGAUUGAAGCCCAAUGAGUUGGAACAAUAUGGCGACGCCUUUGUUCCUGAGUUUGUUUAUGAAAUGGUCCGACAACUACCCCGGUUCAGAGAUAUGCGACGCGGACAUCAACAGGAUGCUCAAGAGUUUUUAGGAUUCCUUCUUGAGGAGAUGCACGAGGAGUGCGCUCGUGCUGAAAAGCAUACUCUCACAAAGGAAGGUGGUGAAUCUUCUGUCGAUGGCUGGUUAGAGGUUGGCCAUAAGCAAAAACCGGCUGUCACCCAACUUUCUGGCUCUCUUGCCGCUGAGUCGCCAGUCACUCGAAUCUUUGGGGGCAAGCUUCGAUCGGAAUUCAAAGUACCUGGAAACAAGACUUCUGUCACGUUGGAACCCUAUCAACCUUUGCAGCUUGACAUCGGGUCACAUGAUGUUCACAACAUUCUUGAUGCGCUUAAAGGAUUAACGAAGCCGGAAAGCAUCCAGGGUGAUUUCAACUCGUCACGCGGUCCUAACAUCACUGCGACCAAACAAAUUUUCAUUGAGACCUUGCCGCCUGUCCUCAUUCUUCACCUCAAGCGCUUCCAGUACGAUAAUGUUACAGGAGCUACCCAGAAGAUAUGGAAGAAGGUUGGAUACCCUCUGGAUUUGGAGCUUCCGCGGGAAGUUUUCCCAGCUCAUCGGCGUAAUGCCAUGGCGGCCCAAGGAGGCCCCCCCAAAUAUCGCCUCAUGGGUGUCAUUUAUCACCACGGAAAGAAUGCUAGCGGCGGACACUACACUGUUGAUGUCCGACGCCAGGAAGGUCUGGAAUGGAUCCGUAUGGAUGAUACUGUUAUUCGUCGCGUUCGCAGCGAGGAUGUGGCUGAAGCUGGUGGCGAGGAAGAUCCUAAGGUUCUCGCUGCUGCCCUUGAACAACACAAGCACAGCAAGAUCCCCAACGGCAAUAUUUUCGACCACAUCGAUCAGGAUGAGAUGGAUUCAACUGACAGCGACAAGGGAUGGAGCCAGGUCAAUGGCAAUGGCACUAGCGGGCAUUCAAGCAAGAAGUCUGUGAACGGAGUCACUCCAUCCCCCGGUCAUUCCUCAGGCAUCCGAACUCCACUGGGCCGCUACGGCUCGCGUGACAACAAAGUUGCCUAUCUAUUGUUCUACCAGCGAAUGGAUUGA